AUUCAAACGUGUCCAUCCAAUUUCUUCUUCAACAUAAAUCUCUUCCCAUAAACAAAAUCAUCGAACAAACGUCCAAAAAACGGAUUAUCUUCUUCUUCUUCUUCUUCUUGUUCUUCCAAGAAAUCCAUUUUGCAAUUCUUGUUCAAUCUCAUACUCAAUCUUUCCUUCUUCAUGGUGCAAAGAAAAGCACCUGAUGCAAAUACCGUUGCUUCAUGCAUGGCCAUGGCUUCCUUUCAUCAGAUGAAGCACGCAGCCAUGGCGGAGACUCUGCCCAACUACAUGAAGCCCACCACCAGCUCCGACGCCAAGAAGCAGCACGCUUGUGUUUCCUCGUCGGAGGAUUUGAAGAAGAAGAAGAAGAAGAAGAACUGCAAGGCUUUGAGGAUCCAGCCCAAGAAGGUGAGCGUGAGAGCGACCUGCUCGUCGACUCUCAAGAGCUGCAAGUUCCCCGAGUUCCUCGAGCUCGGCCAUGGCGGCACAGAAGCCGAAGGGGCGUCUGCCGUCAAGGUCUGCCCUUACAAGUACUGCUCCCUCAACGGCCAUCUCCACGGCCAGGCCGACAUCCCUCCGCUCAAGACCUUCUUGGCUUCGAGGAGAGAGAGCAUGAAGCAGAGAGGAGCUUCGCCUUUCAGGAAGAGGGACACAGGGCAGGCGGCGGCGGCGAGGACUCGGUCCGGCUUGGAGAUUUCUUCCCUGAUCGAAGAAAUUGGCCUCGAUUUGUUCCUCGAACAGCCGGCGGCGGUCGAGGAGGAAGAUGAUCGGAAUGAUGCAUGCUCAGAUAGAAGCAGUGAUGGGGUUUAUAGCUUGGAGGCCAUGGCGGGUUUUGUCGAGUAUGUGAGCUGCGAUCGAGAUGUAGAGGAAGAUCGCAGCAAAAAGGAGAUCGAAGAUGGAAAUCAAUUCAUGGCCGAAUCCAUUGAUUUCAAUUUGGAAAAAGAAGAAGAAGAUGAUGAUGAUUAUGAAGAAGAAGCUGAAUUGGAGUCGAAGAAGAUGGAUAAAUCUGAGAACAACACACCCAAAGAGCAUGCUGUUCUUGAUCAAGAACAACCUGCCACUGAAGAAGAGGCCAGAAAUGAAGAUGUUCAGAUUACUGAUACAAAUGAUCAAGACCACAACAAUGGCAGUGUGCUCAUAGUGGCUGAUUCAAAUUCGAACAUCAUCGAAGAACAAACGGCUCCAACAGAUGAUCAUGGCCCCAAUGUGAGGCUGAUGCACAUAACAAGGAAGAGUAGCAGAGAUGAGGAGUCGGAGCAACUGAAAGGAUUCGAUCCCCGGGCACCGAACUUCCUGCCCGAAGAGCCAGACCCGGAAUCGGAGAAGGUCGACCUGAGGCACCAGAUGAUGGAUGAGAGAAAGAACGCAGAGGAAUGGAUGAUAGAUUAUGCUCUGCAGCAGACAGUCACAAAGCUGGGCUCUGCAAGGAGGAAGAAGGUGGCGCUGCUCGUCGAGGCCUUCGAAACAGUGAAUCCUCUUCCUCCAUUGCAAGCUUGUAGAUAAAACCAACAAGAGGUCUGUUGAGUGGGAACUAAACUAAACUGGUGUUAAUUGACAUAAAUAAACUGCAGGAAUGUCUGCAGAGAUCAAGUGUGGCUUAAUUAACUUAGAUAAGUAUGAUCAUGGUUAGUUAAUUAUUGUGAUUAAGUAAAGCUGUAUGAGUUUAUGGAGUCUGUAGAAGAUUAAAAGCAUGACCUACUCUGGCUUUUUACAA